GCUCUAUUUAAAUGAUCACAACCAUUUAACAACAUGCGGGGUAUCAGGAAACUGGUAUGCAGCAAAGCCUUUGCUCUAGGUGUACUCUGCGCCUAUGGCAGUGUGGCUGCGGUCUUCUUGGCGAUUGGAAGGACGACACUUUCUUGUGGAUAUGGUGGGAGCAACAUCCAUAUCCAGGAGGCAGCCAGAACGUCGUUGUUCAUGACCACAAUAGAUGAUGAUGGGGGUGAUAAGAACGAAGGGACUUCUUCUGAGUUGAACAGCGAGUCUAUGUUUAUGGAUGAUGUCGAGGAAACCGAAUGGCUAGAAGAAGGUCUUGAUGAUGUCACAGAUGACAGUACGGGAUCAGUGAGUUCCAUAGGGGAAGGGCGGUCAGUGAUAGAUUAUCAAGAUACAACUGCUGUGAAAGAUGAAAGUGGUGAUGCUAAUGCAACCAAUAGAACAGAUGAUAUGGUUAGCGAGGCACUGCUAUUGGCAGCGGUCAUUGAAAAGAAUACCACUUUGGUGAAAGAGUGGCUGGAAUACACCUCAAACAUGACUACAAGAUCAAGGCAAGUGAUGGAUGAUUCCAAUCCGACAACAGUCAAGGUCGCAGAAGCCACUCCUGCGAAAGAACGACUCGCCAAUGGUGUAACUACGACUGAGGCAUAUGUGCGUGUGGUGGACAAUUCGGUGGUAGAACCCACUGUGCCGAUAGAACUGCGAACAGAAAAGGCGGUGACGAUAGAAACGCAUAACGGUUUAAACACUAGAUGCGGGAGGGAAAACCCUGUGACUCAACACCGACUAGACUGUAAAAGACGUAUCCCCAAGGUCAUAGGUAUCGGGAUGGAGAGGUGCGGGACAACCGCUCUUUCGUUCUUGCUUCGGAUACAUCCAGACAUCGUCCAUACCAAACCAAAGGACGUCUAUUACUGGAACCACUUCCCCGACCGUAGUCUAGAUUGGUACCGCGACCGCAUGCCGAUAUCCUCCAAGUACCAGGUCACCAUGGAGUACACCCCUUCUUACAUCCUCAGCCACGAGGUACCGCAUUUGAUCAAUGAGGCGUUUCCUGAUAUGAAGUUCAUCGUCAUGAUUCGGGACCCAUUGAGCGUGCCAUGUCGUCUUACCUGUACAUGA